AUGGGUUGUUGUAGCAGCAAACCAAAUGCUCCAAAACCGGGUUCUAAUGGGUAUGGCUUAGCCACAGGUGGUGCUUUGCACCACCAACCUUAUCAGCAGCCACAGCCAGCGGUUCAGCCUCUGAAAGUCUCAGCCCAACAAACCCACAACCCACCCCCACCAUCCAGACUCCAACCCCAACCCCAACCCCUGCCACAACAACCACAGCCACAGCCACAUCCACAGCCACAGCAGCCAAUCCCUGUUCCAAUUAAACCAGCAGCAGCACCACCAAAUAGCAUUCUCGGGAAGCCCUUUGAUGACAUUAAACAAUACUACACUCUUGGCAAAGAACUGGGCAGAGGCCAAUUUGGCAUCACAUACUUGUGCACUGAGAACUCUACUGGUCACUCUUAUGCCUGCAAGUCAAUCCUCAAGCGCAAACUUGUGAGCAAGAAUGACAGGGAUGACAUCAAGAGAGAAAUUCAGAUUAUGCAGCAUUUGUCUGGACAACCAAACAUUGUGGAAAUCAAGGGGUCUUAUGAGGACAGGUAUUCUGUGCAUUUAGUGAUGGAGCUCUGUGCUGGCGGGGAGCUUUUCGAUAGGAUUAUAGCACAAGGCCAAUAUUCAGAGAGAGCAGCAGCUGCAAUUUUGCGUGACAUUGUCAAUGUUGUGCACAUUUGUCACUUUAUGGGUGUGCUUCAUCGUGAUCUCAAGCCUGAGAAUUUCUUGUUGUCUAGCAAGGAUGAAAGAGCAAUGUUGAAGGCAACGGAUUUCGGGUUGUCUGUUUUCAUUGAGGAAGGAAAGGUGUACCGUGAUAUAGUAGGCAGUGCUUACUAUGUUGCUCCUGAAGUGUUGCGGCGUAGUUACGGAAAGGAAAUAGAUAUUUGGAGUGCAGGAGUCAUUCUGUAUAUUCUACUGAGUGGUGUACCUCCAUUUUGGGCUGAAACUGAGAGGGGUAUAUUUGAUGCCAUAUUGGAAGGAGUAAUUGACUUUGAAAGUCAACCAUGGCCAUCAAUAUCAGACAGUGCCAAGGAUCUAGUUAGAAAGAUGCUAACACAGGACCCAAGAAAGAGAAUUACUUCUGCAGAAGUUCUAGAGCAUCCCUGGCUCAGAGUAGGUGGAGUAGCAUCAGACAAGCCAAUAGAUAGUGCAGUUCUCUCUAGAAUGAAGCAAUUCAGGGCAAUGAACAAGCUCAAGCAACUUGCUUUGAAGGUCAUAGCAGAGAAUCUAUCUGAAGAAGAAAUUAAAGGUCUUAAAGCAAUGUUCACCAAUAUGGACACUGACAAAAGUGGUACAAUAACUUACGAAGAACUGAAGACAGGUUUAGCACGUAUUGGGUCGCGUCUGUCAGAAGCCGAAGUUAGGCAACUCAUGGAUGCUGCUGACGUGGAUGGAAAUGGAUCGAUUGACUACAUUGAAUUUAUAUCUGCUACUAUGCACCGACAAAGAUUAGAAAGAGAUGAGCACCUGUACAAAGCAUUUCAGUAUUUUGACAAGGAUAGCAGUGGAUAUAUUACAAGAGAUGAAUUAGAGGCUGCUAUGAAGGAGCACGCAAUGGGCGAUGAAAACACCAUAAGAGAAAUAAUUUCGGAGGUUGAUGCAGAUAAUGACGGGAGGAUCAACUAUUCGGAGUUCUGUGCAAUGAUGAGAAGUGGAACUCAACAACCAGGAAAGCUCUUUUAA